UUGGUCCUUUAAUCAUCAACAUUUUGGUUUGAUUUGGUUGGCAACUUGGCAAUACCAUUCUAUUCUAUCAAUAUUAUUGAUCGAAUUUUAAUGUGGCAAGAUUAUAAUCACAAAAAUAAUGGUAGACACCAUCUAUCCAUGUUUAAUUUCAUUAUCGUCAAUAAUAAGAAUUCAUUAAAAUUGUUCUCAAUUCGUAUAUACAAAAAAUAAAAUUGUUCCAUCAACUCGACAUAAAUCUUAUCUUAUCAUAUCAUUAAUGUUUGUUUUAUUGAAUCGAACCAUGAAAAACGCUAUACGCUAACCAAAUAAUCUUUGAUAUAUUUACAAUAAAGAAAAUAUAAAUCGAAUGCAAUAAUAUCGUAACUCUGAAUAUAUUGACCAUAAUGUUUGGCCAUAGGAGUUAAGAAAAAAUGCUCAAAUCAACAAACAAAUAAUGAUUCAUGGAUCAACACUAAAUUGUAUACAGAAAAAAAACACAAUACAACAACCGAACGAAGAAUACUCAUUCGAAUCACAGAUCAAGAUGUUACGAAGAAACUGAAGUACAAAUUUUACAAAUGAAAACAAAACAAAACAAAACAAAAAAAUUCCUAAAAAUACUCGACAGAAUUAACAAACUCAAAUAUUUUUAAUUAUUACAAUCAAUUCAUUGAAAAUAUUCUAUGCAAUAAAAACAAGAAUCGAUUUUCAAUGAAUGAGUCACAAAAGAAUCCCGUUUCUGUAGCAGAUAUCCAAUCGAAACAUUUGCCAACCACAAUCAGCCCAUCAAAACGAUUUCGACAAUUGAAAAAAGAUCAUGUAAUUUCGAAUAAACAAAAUAAACGAACCGAUUAUAGGCGUUUAUUCGGAUAUUCAGAUAUUCACGCUGAUGAUAAUGAAACUGAUUGUUCAUCAUUAUCUAAUGAUAGAAUUAUCAAUAAAACAUUGAUCAAAUGUAUUGGAAAAAAACAUACAAAAUGGACAUGUAAAAAUUGUCAUUUUCAACAGAAUUUAUCCACAUAUUCAGAAUGUGCAAAUUGUGGACGACAAAAAUGUCAUACUAAUUCACAUGAAGAAUUCGAGAAUAAUAAUCGUAAUCGUAAUACAGCAAUAGGAUCAAGAAAUCAUCAAUUCGAUUGUCUUGACAAACGAUCACAUGGUCAUGCUAAUGUACCAGUUAUUAAUCAUAAUAAAAAAUGGCGUAUACUUUUCCGUUUAUUAUCGGAUGAUUUAAAUCUUCCUUCAUCAUCAACUGGUACAAAUCCAUUAAGUAAUUUUGCAAGUAUUCUUGUCGAUAUGGCUAAAUCAACUACUACAGCCAAUAACAAUGGUACCAACAAUGGUAAACGUCAUUCGGAUACAAGUUCCAGUCAUCGUCAUAUAGAUCAAAAUGAUGGAAAUAAACCUGAAUAUUAUUAUAGCCAAACUGAUCUAUAUACCUACUUAAAUACAACAUUAGGUUGUGAUGGCGGUGGUAUAAGAAUGAUAAAAAAUCGUCAUACAGAUAAAUAUCGUCAUUGGAAAUGUGAAAUUUGUCAUCAUCCAUUCAAUAUAAACACUGCAUUCUAUUGUUAUAUUUGUGAUCAACAUCGUUUUGGUUUGAAAAAACAAUCAGCAUCCAAACAAUUAUUACGACAAAUGGUACAAAAUUCAAAAUUUUGGGCUAGAAUGAAUAUUGAAUCCACCGCAGCAAAUGAUACAAAUGAACAACAACAACAACAACAACAGUCUGAUUUUUAUUAUGACGAUAGUCUAGUAUCGAAAAGCAGUACAUUAUGCUAUAAUAUUAAUCGUAGUCAAGAUGAAGAUUUUCAAAACAAUGAUUCUGAUGAAUAUAAUCAGAAUAUUGAACGAUUAGAUAAUGACGAUGAAGACGAUGAUGAAGAUGAUGAAGAUGAUGAUGAUAAUUAUGAAACUGAUUCAUCAUCAACAUUAUCAUCAUUGACAAUUUCAUCGAUAAUAUCCGAAUCAAUAUCAGCUAAUAAUUUAUAUUUAUGUAUUGAAAAUUUAAAACUAGAAGAAUCCAACAAUCGAAAUGAUAAUAAUAAUAUAGAUAAUCGACAAACAUGGCAAUGUAUUAAAUGUACAUUGAUCAAUGGUGAUGAACAACAAUCAUGUGCUGUAUGUGGUGGAUCUCGAUUGAAUAGUGUAGAAUCGGAAUCGAUAACAACGACGAACAAUUUCAUCAAUUCAAUUAAUAAUGAUGAUAAACCGAUUUUUGUAACAAUAAAUCCACAACAACAAUGGACAUGUAUUAAAUGUACAUUACGUAAUUCCAUACAUAAUGAUCCAAUAUGUGCCGCUUGUGGUUAUCCACGACCACCACCAUCCAUACAAAAUCCAUCUUUACAAUCAUCACAAUCACAAACACGUAGACGUGACCUGACUCGUCGUAAUCGAUCACAUUGGGAAUGUUCAGCAUGUACAUAUCUUAAUUCAUCGGAUAGAUUUUCCUGUGAAAUAUGUCAUCAAGGUCGAUGUGUUUUAACAUUGAAACCAGUAAAUCUAUCGUCUACGAAUGAUAAAUUAUCAUCAGAAAUUGUAACCGAAAAAUCGAUACCGCAAGAUGAAACACUUUGUCAUGGAGAAAGUGAAUUGAUGGAAACAUUGCGUAGAAUUGAAGAAAAGGAAUCACGACGGCUAUGGCAUAAUAUCGUACAAUUUUGUUCAAAUAAUCGUAUGCAAUUUGUUGAUGAUUCAUUCCCACCAUCUGAUCAAUCACUUUAUCAUAUACAAUCAACUUUACAAUCAACACCAUCAUCUGCAACAAUCAAUACAUUACGAUUGAAUACCGGUCCUGUACAAUGGUUAAGGCCACAUCAAAUUCAAAGCGAUAUAAGUAGCUCACAGGUACGUUGGGCUGUAUUCCGUACACCAUUACCAUCGGAUAUUCUUCAAGGUGUACUCGGUAAUUGUUGGUUCUUAUCAGCAUUGGCCGUACUAGCUGAACGUUCUGAAUUAGUGGAACGUGUUAUGAUAACAAGAGAAAUUUGUACACAAGGUGUCUAUCAAGUACGCCUUUGUAAAGAUGGUCAAUGGAAAACUGUAUUAGUUGAUGAUUUAUUACCUUGUAAUCUGAAAGGUCAAUUAGUUUAUUCACAAGCAAAACGAAAUCAAUUAUGGAUACCUUUGAUUGAAAAAGCAAUGGCCAAAUUACAUGGAUGUUAUGAAGCACUUGGUUCUGGAAGAUCAAUUGAAGGCCUGUCCACAUUAACUGGUGCUCCAUGUGAAAGUAUUUCAUUACAAAGCCCGAAAUCCGGUAAUGGACAGCAACAAUUACCACAUAAUGAACAGAUAGAUUAUGAUUUCAUAUGGGCACAAUUACUUAGUUCAAGAGCAGCUGGUUUCCUAAUGGGUGCAUCAUGUGGUGGUGGUAAUAUGCAGGUAAAUGAAUUAGAAUAUCAUAAUGUUGGACUUCGACCACGACAUGCCUAUUCAGUAUUGGAUGUUCGAGAUAUCGAUAGUUUACGUUUAGUUCGUUUACGUAAUCCAUGGGGACAUUUUGCAUGGAAUGGUGAUUGGUCCGAUCAUUCAUCAUUAUGGACAACGAAACUUCGUGAACAAUUAUUACCACAUGGCGCAGCUGAAGGUGUAUUCUGGAUUGCUUACAGUGAUCUUCUUAAAUAUUUUGAUAGUAUUGAUAUAUGCAAAAUACGUAAUGAUUGGAAUGAGAUUCGUUUGCAAGGUGUGCUGCCACCAAAUGCAUUUGAUAUUGAUAAUAUUCCUGUAGUUUUAUUAACUGUUACUGAACCAACUGAAAUUGAAUUGAAUCUAUUUCAAGAAGGUCAUCGACAAUCACAUCAACAACAACAAGAUUGGAAACGUGAUACAUCAUCAUCUGUACGUAAUGCUCCAUUAGAUCUAUGUGUAGUAUUAUUCAAACAUAAUGAACAACAUCGAUCCGAUGAUAUUGCAUCAAUGUUGAUGGGUUCAUUGGUUGCCCAUAGUAAAAGACAAAUUCGAUGUUUUGUUGGUUGUCAUGCUAUAUUAGAAAAAGGUGUCUAUACGGUUAUGUGUUUGGCAUUCAAUCAUUGGAAUACAAAGAUUGUAUCAUUUAGUCAUUAUCCAAAAUUUUUAUUAGCCAUACAUAGUUCAAAACGUCUUUCGGUUGAAACAAUUACUGGACCACCAUUUGUAUUGGCCGAUACAAUUAUACGAUUAACAAUGGAACGUGGACAACGUCAUGAGGGCCGUGAAGGUAUGACUGCAUAUUAUCUAACAAAAGGUUGGGCAGGUUUAGUUGUUGUCGUCGAGAAUCGUUUUGCUGAUCGUUGUGUACAGGUUAUUUGUGAUUGUACAGAUAGUGUUAAUGUUGUUUCUACGCGUUCAACAUUACGUACGAUUGAUUCUAUACCACCACAACAUCGGCAAGUGGUCAUCGUUCUUACACAAUUGGAUGGAAGUGGUGGAUUUUCUAUUGCACAUCGUCUUACACAUCGUUUAUCAUAUUCAAGUGGUCUACAUGAUUGGGGACCAUUCGGUACAAAUCAUGUACCAUCGAUUGAUCGUUUUAUGUAUGGAUUGCAUACAAAUCAAUAG